AUGGCCAUGAAACUCCUACUAGUGGCUCUCUGGGCCGGCGUCCAUGCGCUGGACGGAAGCAUCUUCUUCACGAAUUUGGGCAAGGACGAGCUGAUGCGUGCGGACUGUGGAGUCAGUGGCUGUGGCAAAGCUCUUCCCAUCGCCCAGCACGUUGAGACCUACAGUGGCCUCGUGCCAUGGAAUGGUCGCCUCCUGGCCGCUCUGAAGAGCCAUCAGGUCGUUGAGUUGGACCCCUGGUGCCAGGACACCUCCUGCCCAGUGAAAGUCCUGGUGGAUGUGGACCGGGCCUUGCCGCGGGUGAAUCGCUCCUUCUCCCUGGGUGGUAUGACCUGGUGCCAGGACGCCCUUUACCUCGUCUUUGCAGGCCCAGGAGCCAGUGGCGUGCUGCGUUGUGCCUGUGCUGCGAUGCCGGAGCUCACAGACUGCACCGAGAGCUGCAAGCUGGUGGAUGGAUGGACUCCCGGCAAUGCGAGCUUCCAGCUCUCGAGCUUUGCUGCCGGGGCCGCCUGCGAUGGGGAGCGGAUGCUGGUCACAGACAACAGCAACUGGCGAGUGCAGGCCCUGAACUGCAGCAGUGGCACGGUCUCUUGCACGGUGGAGACUGUGGUGAAGGGCUUGAAGUGGCCCCUGGGCAUCGCUUCAAUUGGAGGAAAGUUGCUGGUGACGUUGGACGAAGGCAUCGUGGAGCUGAAGGAGGGCAGCUUCAGCUCCUGGAGCAGCAAGGGGGACACAGGAUUCCUUUGCCAGGGUGACGGACGGAUCUUGGUGGCCAGUGGUGGAGACGGUCUGCCAUGGCAUGACCAGUCCGAGCAGCUUGGCCAGCGGUGGGAGCCGGGUUCGUGGUCCGAGACGCUCUGCGAGAGUGGACCUCCAGUCUCACCCGAUCCGACGAACGUGGCGAGUCGACUCACCACGGCACCGGGUUCCCCGGAAGCUGCUGAAGCUCUCACCGGAUUCCCCGUGGCCGGAGGUGUUCCCUUCGCGACGCGCCUGGCCUUCUCGGCCGGAACGGUGCAGCGCGACGUGCAGCGCUUGCAGCCGCGCCACGGCGCCGCGAGCCGAAGCGCGCAGGUGCCUCAAUCUCUUCGCUCUCGAAGUGAUGCCAUUGGCAUUGUCUCGCUGGCACUGGGACUUCGAGCUGGCGUACGGGGGCGCUGCAGAUCUUCCGUUCGCGCUGGUGAUGACUUGCGGUCCUUUCUGCUGGGAGAGGAGCCCAAAGAAAAGGAAAAGCCAGCCGCACCUGCUGAGCCAGAAAAACCCGCAAAGCCGGCAAGUACCCCUGCGCCAAAGGCUGCUGCAAAGCCUGCAAGCACACCUGCACCCAAAGCUGCUGCUAAGCCUGCUUCUUCUUCGCCGGCAUCUAGCGAGUCUGCCGCUGCGAAGAAGCACUUGCAGGAUGCUUUGCACGAAGUGGAGCCAGAAAAGGCUCCAGAAUGGGCCAAGCUCAAUGAGACGUUUGCCCUUUUGGACUCGGAUGGAAAUGGCCACAUCAGCAAGGACGAGUUGAUCUCGGUCGUGAAGGACCACGGUGUGGACGAGAAGGAAGUCCUCAAGGCUUUGGAAGAGGUCGAUGCCGACCAGGAUGGAGAGAUCAACUAUGCAGAGUUCGUAAAGCUGAUGAAGUCAUAG